AUGUUUAAACUUUUUACUAAUAACCGUGGUAAUAGUUCUAUUCAUUUCGACAACUAUAACUUUCGUUAUUUUAGAACUAAUAAAAGUUCAGGUGAUAUUGUUUGGCGGUGUGUGCAAAAAACAUGUAAUGUAACUAUUAUCACCAACAAUGAAAAAACGGUUUUAAUUCGCAGUAAUAUUAAAGAUCACCAACACGACGAGGACAAUGAUGAACAAAAAAAAGAACUACAAAAAAUUCGUACAGCUAUUAAACGUAAAGCUAUUGAAAAUGUAUAUGAAAAGCCAAUAAAAAUAAUUCGUAAAGAAUUAUCAAGUACUUAUUGA